UCUCAAUUUAAAAGCAGAAGUGAUUAAUUAGUUGGCAACAGUCUGGCAGAUGCUUAGAUUAAACAUUAAAUUUUUUUUUUGUUUGUCGUUGAAUCCACUUUUCUAAACCCUAUUUUAUCAGGCAUCUGAAACAGAUCGAAAUUUGAAGAAAUGUUGAGUUUCCAGCAGCAGAUUGAUCUGCAUCCAUAUCUGCUCUUAUCGAUCACCUUAUUCUCAUUAUAUUAUCUCAGCAAAUGGCUAUGCAAGAAACCAAGCAACAAAAGAGUGCCUCCAUCACCACCAAAGCUUCCAAUCUUGGGAAAUCUUCACCAACUGAGCGUUACGAUUCAUCACUCAUUACAAUCCUUAGGCGCAAAAUACGGACCGCUGAUGCUUCUCUACUUGGGCAAAGUUCCUGUGAUGAUUGUCCAGUCAGCUGAUGGAGCUGCGGAGAUCUUGAAGAAACACGAUCUCAUCUUUGCUGAUAAGCCUCGUUCCAGAACCACGAGGCGACUCUUCUAUGACUUGAAGGACAUAUCAGUGGCUCCCUAUGGCGAGUAUUGGAGGAAGCUGAAGAGCCUGUGUGUUCUCCAGCUCUUGAGCGGCAAAAUGGUUCAAUCUUUCAACUCUAUCAGGGAGGAGGAGACUGCCCUCCUGAUGGAGGAGAUUAAGUCGCGUUGCUUGUCUUGCUCGCCUGUGAAUCUGAGCGACUUGUUUGAGAUUAUGACGAAUAACGUGGUGUGCAGAGCGGCUUUUGGGAAAAAGUAUAGUGAAGAGGAAUCAGGGAAGAGGUUUCUGAUGCUGCUGAGGGAAACGCUGGAGCUGUUGGGCAGCAGCAUUAGCAUUGGAGAGUUUAUUCCGUGGCUUUCGUGGAUCAAUCGUGUCAAUGGCUUCAACACUAGAGUUGAUAAGGUUGCAGAUGAAGUUGAUGGUUUUCUUGAGCUAGUAGUUCAAGAACACCUCAAUGGAGGUGAAGAAAGUGUUGGUGAUGAAAACAGGGAGAGUUUUGUUGACAUUUUGCUUAAUAUUUACAAGGAUAAUGAUGCCGGUAUUCACAUUGGUAGAGACAGCAUCAAAGCUAUUAUUCUUGAUAUACUUGCUGGUGGAACUGAUACAACAUCUGCAACACUGGAAUGGGCCAUGACAGAGCUACUAAGGCACCCCAUAAUAUUGAAGAAGCUGCAAACCGGGGUGCGCGAAAUCUUGGGAGACAAACAGGAGGUGACCAAUGAGGACUUGGUAAGAAUGCAGUAUCUGAAAGCCGUGGUGAAGGAAACUCUUCGUCUCCAUCCUCCAGUAGCGGUGCUGGCACGAGUAGCACGUGAAGAUGCUACGGUGAUGGGGUACGAUGUAGCAUGUGGAACGAUGGUCCUAAUCAACACGUGGGCGAUUGGCAGGGAUCCUGCUUCUUGGGAUGAACCAGAGGUGUUUCGUCCAGACAGAUUCUUGAAUUCUUCUGUGGAUUUUAAGGGUUUGGAUCUCGAGUUGAUCCCGUUUGGGGCGGGGAGACGAGGCUGUCCGGGGAUAGCGUUUGCGAUGGCUAGUGUAGAACUUGUGUUGGCUAAUCUUGUGCACAGGUUUGAAUGGAAAUUGGAAGAGGAGUUGGACAUAACAGAACUGCCUGGUACUACCAUUCGUAAGAAAUAUCCUCUUUUAGCUGUUGCAACUCAUUGUUAUUUGUGAUGUUGGAGUUUGUAAUAACAGUUUAUGUAUAAGGAAAGGAGCAGAUGGGAUCCUCUGUCC